AUUGGGUGGUGCCCCAUGGCGCCACGGUUCUUGGUGAAUUAAGAAACCAUUUGUUGACUCGAUACCCACGAGAUCGAGCCCCUUCCAUUCUUCCAUUUACAUUUGGAAUUCUCCUCCAUCCAUCCCCUAUUCGAUUCUAGUCAGUGUAGUAGUCACCUACCUAGUCAGCCAUGAUCGGAUCUUGCCACGCGCAAUAGUACUACUAAUCUGCUCCUGACACUGCCUAGUUAAUUAGCACAUAUACAAAUUAACCGCGCACUUGCUCUGUCCGGUUGACGGUUUCAGAACCGAGCAAGGGCGACGGCAAAGGAACUCCGACGAGCUAAGCUAGGCUCCAUCCUGCAUUGUCUCAGAUUGGUUAAUUGGAUCGAUCCAUCCAUGGGGUGCAUCUCUUCCAAGAUCCUGACGAGAUCAGGGAGCCUCCAGGAGAAGAAGGCCAGCAGCUACCACGGGUUUCAAAGGAGCAGCAGCCAGCUGAUCGAGGACAUCAUCCUGUCCAGCUCCAACUCCAAGACCAACGGGGAUCAGCCCACGUUCCUCGCCCUCCUCCGUACCACGUCCAGUUCUUCUUCCGCGGCGGCGGCCAGGAAGAGCAGAGUCGACGCCGCGGCCGCCGCCGCCGAGCAGAGCCCUGCUUCGGCCGCGACUCCGGCUGCGGCGGCCAAGAUCGAGACCAUCGACGUGUCCGAGCUGCUCGCCGGUCUCGAGGAAGAAGACGACGAAGAAGAAAGAGAAGAACAAGGUGAGAAUGAUGGUCAGGAUGAUGGCGCGGCGGCGGCCGGGACCAGGGCGAGGAGCUUCCGCACGGUGGAGGACUUCGACGCGCUCGUGAACGAGAAGCCUGAGCGAGACGCGUCCGCGGCACCGCCGGGGCCGCCGGAGAGCGGCUCUUUGGAGCAAGAGGAUCCUCCGACGGCAGCGGCAGCGGCAGCCUCCGGACACGGAGACGGCGCCAUCGCGGGCGCGAAGAGGCGGGCGAGGGCGAGGCAGCUGCGCGAGCUGAGCGCGCAGCCGGAAGCGGCGGCGGGGGGCUUCGACUUCGGCAAGUCCGGGAGCCUGAGGGACUGGCUGCGCGGCGGCGGGCAGAUCUUCUCGCCGGGGUCCUACGUCACGCCCAAGUUCGGCAACGCAACGGCCGUUCGGUCCGAGAAUGCCGGGGAGGAGCACGCGGCGGCGGUGUUUGAUCCGGAGCUGGUGGCGCAGUUGGAGCUGGCCAUGGAGGAGCUGUCGGUGGACGAGGAGCGCGUCAUGAGGGAGGUCCUGGAAUCCCUGGACGCCGGAGAGAAGAAGAGAGAAGAAGCAGAGAGGUUAGACUUGGAGAGGCCCCUCAAGGAUCAGGCGUUGCCAUUGGUGGCUUAACUUGCGAUUAACUAGUCGUCAAUUUGAAUGAUGAUUCUGGCAGUAGGGUUUUACUGUCAUUUGUAAAAGCUUGUAUACAUCAAUGCAUGGUUCGUGCUCGUUUCAUUA